UUCUCGCUUUGUAGUCCAAGUACUGCUUGUCAUAUGCAGUUGCCUUGACUCGCUUUAUUGUGCUUGCUGUUUGGCCACGUGACAGUCAGCCGAGGCAGAAAGCCGAGGCGAGGGUUCGGGUGCUCCCUCGCCAGAGGGAGUAUGUAGGAGGGUUGGCUCUGCGUAUGUGAGAGGUUGAAACUCGGAGGUUUCGAAGUCGGCCAUGGCUGCUGCUGUUCUGGAGCCCGCAAGCGAGGACUGGGAGCAGCCUCUUUUGAACGGAGACGGAGACGAAAGAUCUAAAGAUGUUACGGAAACAUUGCAACAAUACAAGAGCCGGUGGAGAUCCAUUCGAAUAAUGUAUCUUACAAUGUUCUUCAGCAGUGUUGGUUUCUCUAUUGUCAUUAUGUCAAUAUGGCCCUAUCUUCAACAGAUAGAUAAAACUGCAAAUCCAAGUUUUCUGGGCUGGAUUAUUGCUUCAUAUAGCAUUGGUCAGAUGAUAGCUUCUCCAUUCUUUGGAACGUGGUCUAAUUGCAGGCCAAGAAGAGAACCUCUUGUGGUUUCAACUGCUAUUUCAAUAGCUGCCAAUUUCCUCUAUGCUUAUGUCCAUUUGCCCCCUUCACACAACAAAUACUACAUGCUAGCUGCUCGAGCAUUGGUGGGAUUUGGCGCAGGAAAUGUAGCAGUAGUUCGCUCAUAUAUUGCUGGUGCCACCUCUCUUACUGAAAGAACUAAUGCCAUGGCAAACACUAGUGCUUGCCAGGCAGUGGGAUUCAUACUGGGACCAGUUUUUCAGACUCUCUUUUCACUUAUUGGGGAAAAUGGAAUCUCGUGGAAAACAAUUUAUCUUCAGCUGAACAUGUACACAGCUCCAGUUUUAUUUGGAAGUCUUCUAGGAAUUAUUAAUAUUGUUCUGAUAAUUGCUAUAUUUAGAGAACAUCAGGUAGAUGACAUGGGACGACCACAAAAUAGUAUUAAUACUGAAACUGAAGAAAAUAAUGAAGUGGUUCAAGAUAAUCAGCGAUACAUUGAUCAUGUGGCUGUGGUAUCAACAAACAUUCUUUUCUUUGUUAUUCUAUUUAUUUUUGCAGUUUUUGAAACCAUAGCUACACCAUUAACAAUGGAUAUGUAUGCAUGGACCAGAAAAAAAGCAGUGUUUGUCAAUGGCUUAAUUCUUGGGGCUGUUGGCAUCGAAUCAGUGGUUGUGUUUUUAGCAGUUAAAGAACUUUCUAAAAGGAUUGGUGAACGUGCAAUCCUCUAUGGAGGUCUAGUCAUUAUCUUGGUUGGAUUCUUUGUUCUGUUGCCUUGGGGGAAUCAGUUACCUAAUAUCCAAUGGGCAGACAUAAGGAAUAAUUCUACUCCAGGAAAGAUCUUUGGUGAAACCUUUGCAUUUUUGUGGAUGUCACAAAUUGAAUUUUCAUCCAAUAAUACAGCUGAAGCAACAGGAUGUCCUAGUAUACAAUCUUGGUGCAGUUAUACUCCAGUAAUUCAUCUGGGCCAGUAUAUCACUUCUGACAUUCUAAUAGGAUUGGGAUAUCCAGCCUGUAAUGUGAUGUCAUAUACUCUAUAUUCAAAAAUUUUAGGACCAACACCUCAGGGCAUUUAUAUGGGAUGGCUAACUGCUUGUGGAAGUGGUGCACGCAUUCUGGGCCCGGUAUUUGUCAGUCAACUCUACAGUUCCUUAGGACCCCGCUGGGCAUUUGGUUUCAUCUGUGGAAUUGUCGUACUUUCUCUCUUACUACUUGAAGUGGUGUACAAGAGACUUAUAGCAUUUUCAGUCAGAUACGAGAACCUACAAGAACAGCUCUCCUAACUACCUCUCUCUGCUCAGUCUUGUUUUACUUUAAUCAUUAUUUGCUCUUUUCACUAUUUUGCAUUUUUGGCAGAUAGUUCAUAGAAUUAUCAUUCACCUGGACUGACAGUAUUUCUACCACCAGAUUUAUAUCAGUUUAAUAGUGGAAAUGACAGACUGUGAUAUAGUAAAUGUUAUUAUUUUGGAGCAGUUUUAAGAAAUGGCACUAGUUCUAAUUAUAUACAUUGGAUAUAUUUAAAAUACAUUGAUUCUGUGAAUCAUGUCUUAAAUGAAACUUUUAAAAUUGAAUUUAAAAAGGCUAUUUAUUCUAAUGAAGUUUAUGAGAAUGAUUGUUUAUGCAUUUUUAUAACUGGUUGGCUUUUUUAAAUUGAAUUUAUUUUAAGUAAAACAUAGCAGAAACUAAUGCUGAUAUUUUGCUACACAUAAUUUAUUUUGGGAUUUCCCACUCAUUCAGUGUAUAUUUUAUAUUUUUUAAAAAAUGGUUCAAAUAAGAUCAAGAUUAAAAGUAAAAAAUAAGAAAUGUUGAUGCAGCACUUAGAGAUAAACACUAAAACUGAUAGUAGAAUCCUCAAAUUUAAUACCAUGUUUUCCCGAAAAUAAGACUUCCCCGGAUAAUAAACCCAAUCUUGAGCACUAAAAUAAGCCCCCCCCCCCCAAAAUAAGCCCUCCCUGAAAAUAUUUAAACACAUGAGCAGCCGGUCCCCGCCAUUUCCUCUGGUUAGGGUUGGGUAGACAGAGCUGGAAAUCAGGUAAGAUGGCAAGAGGAGCCCCGUCUUGCUCCACGCACCCCAAAAUAAUAAGAUCACCUUGAAAAUAAGGCCUAGCGCUUAUUUCUGGGUUCAAAAAUAUAAGACAGGGCCUUAUUUUCAAGGAAACACGGUAGUUGGAGGUUACUGAGGUAGUUAUCUGAGGUUUCCACUAUUACACCAAGAAUCUUAGUCACUGUUUUCUUGAAUAGUAAAACUUUAACCUAUUAUGAAAUGCCUUCAUCUUAUUAAACUGGAAAAAAAACUUUAAAUGCUGAUUGCCCAGUGUUGAAGUUUUUUCCUGAUUGUGCAACAGUAUAACCAAAUUGAUUUUAGAUUUGGUUUUCUUAACAAUUCAACAUUUUUCUUCUUAAAGCUAUCUUGCACAGUUCCAUGUCUCAUAAGCAGGACUUCCAGAUCACAAAUCAGAAAACUGGUGAUGUCAGAUGUUGCUGAAACUCAGGAGGAGAAAUGGAUAUAGUAGACCCCUUGUGAUGUCACAGAGGUGGGGUUCUGGUUGCACAGCAUGCCCUUUCAUUUAUCUGUAGAUCACUUACUUAUCUUCGGCUUUGAAUUGGAGAUGAGCACCGCCCCCUAGAGUUAGGAACGACUAGCACAUAUGUGCGAGGGGAACCUUUACCUUUACCUUAUAUGACAUGUUUGAUAACAAGAUUUUGAAUAGGGGUAUAGAAAAUGGUGAAUUCAUACACUGAUAGAGCUGGUAUCAGUUGAUUGUUUUCUUAAAUGAAAUGAGUUUCAUUCUGAAACAAAAUGAAAUAUUAUAGGGCUAUGUUGUUCCAACAAAAUACUAAAGUGCGGAUAUCUGGGCUGAACUGUUUGGUGGGAAGGUAAUGAGAAUGGGGAAAAGUCAAAUAUAGCAAUGACAGAUCAGGAAAGUAGUAGGAAGGGAAGGAAAAUAUUAGGAAGACUGCAAAGUGUGAUGGGAUAUCCCAUGUAGACACAUCGCUAUCUAUGGUCAAACAGGGAAGGGAAUGCAUUGGAAGAUGGUGAGGCAGGCCAUUAUUCAGGUGUGUGGGGCUAUAUUACAAAUGGAAACUGUGAAAGGGAAACACGUAGCAGUCUUGGCUUAUUCACUUUAUAAAAAUCACGUUAAACCCCUGGUGAUUUUGUUUCAUCCAUACCCCUGGUACAAUAAUAUUGCUUAAAAGAUGAAAGCAUAACUCACCCAGAAUGGUUUGGCAGAAUAUGUAUAUCUGAAAUUUGAAAAAACAUUUUCUAUUCUGUGCACACCUGUUUUUGUUUCUGUUCGUUUAAGUCAAAGCAUAAUAAAUAAAAUACAUAAAAGUCU